AUUCCAUCUCAUUUAAAAUUUCCGAACGGUUGGUAUAUAACGUGUACAAAGCUCUCGUAUAUGAUGUCCUUUUAUCUCGUUUGACCCAUAUCAAUCUCAUUGUGUUUUCCGGCCGACGUGCAAUACCAAGACUGUAAAUCGAUACCGGCCGAGAAAAUGAAGGAAUAGGUAGCUGUUGAAUCAAGAAAUUACAAUUACUUGUGCGACACAUCGCUGAAGGACGCGGACGCAAAACUAAUCAUGGUGUCCCAAAAUGGCGACGUUAUAAAGAAUCGAUUUGUGAAUACGUCAUCAACGUCGUUAACAACAGCGUCAUCAAAUCGUGUGACAGUAGUUCAAUUAAAGAAACAAAUUAAUUUGUUUCAUGCAGUUUGUAUAAUCGUGGGCAUUAUAAUUGGAUCUGGUAUUUUUGUGUCUCCCGUCGGGAUUCUACAAAAUGUUAAAUCCGUAGGGAUGUCUUGCAUCAUGUGGAGCGUUUCCGGAGUUUUCUCGGCGUUGUGUGCGCUCUGCUAUGCUGAGUUGGGAGUCACCAUCCCAGAAUCCGGAGGAGAGUACACUUACAUCAAGCGAGCCUUCGGCGACUUUCCCGCCUUUUUGGCCAUGUGGAUAAACUUUAUCAUCAUAUGUCCUGUGUGUGUUGCGGCGUCCUGUCUUAUUUUCGCGACGUACAUUCUUCGUCCGUUUUUUCUGGACUGCGACCCUCCGAUCACAAGUAUCAGAUUGAUUGCAGCUUUAGUAAUCGUAUUUCUGAUUCUAAUAAAUUGUGUCAAUGUAAAAUGGGCCACGAAGAUUCAGGUGGUUAUCACGGCCAGCAAACUUCUAGCUCUUUUCCUCAUCAUUAUUAUCGGCUUCGUCUCCAUGGGUCAAGGUCAUGUUCAGAAUUUCUACAAUUCUUUUGACGGGAGUGAUUUUAGUGCCGGUGCAAUCGCCAUUUCAUUUUACUCGGGGUUUUGGGCUUUUGGAGGAUGGAGCUAUCUGAACUUUUUAACAGAUGAACUGAUUGAUCCACACAGGAAUUUACCACUAGCCAUCAUAAUUUCGAUGACCAUCGUUACUCUAACCUACCUCGUGGCAAACAUAGCCUAUUUUUCAGUCCUGACACCAACGGAAAUGCUGAGAUCGUCUGCUGUCGCCGUUACGUUCGCGGAGCAGACAGUGGGGGUAAUUGCUUGGAUUAUGCCAGUCCUUAUUGCGAUUUCAGUCAUGGGAUCCAUGAAUGGAACUUGCCUAUCUAUGUCAAGAUUGUUUUUCGUUGGAGCCAAAAACAAUCAUCUUCCAAAUAUCAUCUCCAUGAUAAAUUUCAAAUAUCUGACCCCAGCGCCAUCUCUCUUGACUAUUCUGAUUCUGACGUUGGUUAUGCAGAGUUUUGAAGAGAUAUUCUUUUUGAUUGAGAUGAUGGGAUUUGGUUUUGCAAUUGUUCUUUCCUGUGUGUUUGCUGGUCAGAUUUACCUGAGAAUUAGAGAACCAGAAAUUCCCAGACCUAUUAAGCUUCCCCUCAUUCUGCCUAUUUUCCUGCUUGCCGUCAGCCUACUGAUAUUGGUACUCACGUGUCUCCAGAAGCCCGCCGAAAGCAUGCUUGCCGUCAUUCUCAUCUUGGCGGGAAUCCCUCUCUAUGUUAUAGGUGUCAUUUGGAGGUCAAAACCUCAGGGAAUUUCGAAAGCAAUACACCGAACAACAUGUUUCAUCCAGAAGAUCCUUUUAGUUGUUCCCCAGGACAAGACUACAGACUGGAAAUGACAGAAAGAUAUACACAUGGUCUAAAUGGAGCAGACUUCAAUACUGAUGUGCAAUGCGUAUAAUUGCAUUAUCAAUCUCUAUAUAUUUAUAUAUGUUACAGAUGUGUUCAUUUAGUAUAUUAGGAAAUUGUAUUGUUUCGUCUUUUCACCGUGGUUUGUUGUAAAACAGUGUCUCAUUGGAGGAGAGACCUGGUCUCCAUUAUACACUUCAAUGCUUUUGUUUUUGAUGAAAGAAGGCCGGCGAGGUCUGGCCUUGGGGUUCUGAUGAGACCUUGGAACGAAAUGUUUUGACCUGUGAGAGUCUUACUGUAGGGCUGUACUGUGGAUACUCAUACUGAUAGGCUUAAAUGUUGUGACCAUGACACCAACAGUUAGGAUAUGGUUUUAGACCUACCAGCGUGGUAGUAGGUGGGUAAAACCACUGUACAUUUAAGUACAAACCAUUUAUUGGUAAAUCAAAAUGCCGUUCUGGAGACUUUUCUUAUUGCACACCAUGCAGUUUGACAUAAUGCAUGGGUUUUUAAUGUAGACGGAAGCAUAUAAAAGCCAUUCAUGUAUCUUGUUCACCCAUGCAUGAUACCAACGUAACGCAUUCUUUUGAACUAGUUGUUCAUGGGAUCUAGAUGACGUACUAUAGUAUAUUGGUCGCGGUUGCCUAGUGGUUAGGGCGUUCACUAACGGAGGUUUCUAUGAAACAGGCCUUACUUUUGUUCUCAGUGACCAGUUACACUGACAGAGUAGCAUAAUGUGGUCAUCCAAACACACUAUUAUUCAAACCAGUGAGUGAAAUUUGCAUGCUCGAUCAAGCGAAAUGACAAGCUGUUGUUGGAAUGAUAGUAGGACUUCUUAAAAAAUGUGUUUUGGUCUGUAUUGCAGUAAACACUGGCAUGAUAAAGAACCCUUACCGCUACGGCUGUAAGCGCCGUGCAUGGUUCAUAGUUUGUGGCACUUCACCAAACACUGAUGACGUCUCUACAUGAGUGAACAUUUCUCGAAUGGGUCAUAACACAACAAACUUGUACAUGCGAUUAUUUGUUUGAACUUCAUAUACAGUCAUGACCUACAUUUCAUCUUGCUUACAUCUCAUCACACCCGGAAAAACCUCCUAGGACCUCCGAACGUAGAGGCUUGUAACUCUUAUCUGUCAUUCAAAAUUGGCCUAAACAGCAUUGAAUUUUGGCAUUGAAGUCCUUCAAGGCAGGCCUGCUCGUGACAUGGCGGCCAUGACGUUAAAAUAGGUAGUGAUUGCUCCUUCGUUAAAUGCUCAGUAUUUAAAAGUGACAAUGAAGAGUAUUUCGGAUAUGACCUUGAAAACGGGGAUCCCUUGUCACGGCAGGCAUUGGCACGAUAAAGAACCCGGCCUCACUGCUACGGCCUUGAGCGCUAAGCAUAGAUCUAAAUUUGUGCUACUUCACCUACAGCUGGUGACGUCUCAAUAUGAGUGAAAAAUUCUCGACAGGGCAUAAAAAACAAUCAAUCAAUCCUACUGCAGAGAAAAAUCUAGGCAUUUGAAUGGACGACAAGCCGGAAAUAUGAGGCCUUGUAUCAUUGCUGUGGUGUUUUUCCUUUGAUGAUCACUGUGUUUUUAUUUUUGAUACACCAUGACUUGUUCUGCUCUAACAACCAUACUCUAUCAAGAUAGAGCAUGUCAGGGUGAAUCGACAAUCUCAAUGACAUUUGACCUUUAAUUAUCAAUAAAACAAACUCAAAUAAACGUAUUGGAUAUUC